AGGAGUCCAGGUUUGAAAAAGGAGGAAGAGGAAGAGGAUUGCAGGGUGGCUACGUUUUAGCAACAAAACCAAACCCUCUUAACUCUUUUUCUUCUUCUUCUUCUUCUUCUUCUUCUCUUAGGGUUUUAGCUUAUUUUCUCUUUACGUUUCUGCAAUGAGCAACGACAAGGAUACCUUUAGUGUCGCUGAUCUCACUUCAGCUCUCAACGACGAGAAUAGAGCUGACCUUGUCAAUGCUCUUAAGAACAAGAUACAAAAUCUUGCUGGACAGCACUCCGAUAUUCUAGAAUCCCUGUCACCUAAUGUCAGAAAGCGUGUUGAGGUUCUUAGGGAGAUCCAGGGUCAACAUGAUGAAUUAGAAGCAAAGUUUUUUGAGGAGAGAGCAGCUCUUGAGGCCAAAUACCAAAAAUUGUAUCAACCUCUCUACACAAAGCGCUAUGACAUAGUAAAUGGUCUUACAGAAGUUGAAGGAGGGGCAGCUAAUGAAACAACACCAGAUACUGAGGAAGAUUGUGAGAAAGGAGUGCCUGCAUUUUGGCUCAAUGCAAUGAAAAAUAACGACGUGUUAGCUGAAGAGAUUUCUGAGCGAGAUGAAGGUGCUCUCAAGUUUCUCAAGGAUAUAAAGUGGAGCAGAAUAGAUAACCCUAAAGGCUUCAAGCUUGAGUUUUUCUUUGAUACCAAUCCUUAUUUUACCAAUUCUGUCUUGACAAAAACAUAUCAUAUGAUUGAUGAGGAUGAACCAAUAUUGGAGAAAGCAAUUGGGACCGAGAUUCAAUGGCACCCAGGAAAAUGCCUGACACAGAAGCUUCUUAAGAAAAAGCCUAAGAAGGGUUCAAAGAAUGCUAAACCAAUUACCAAAACAGAAAACUGUGAAAGUUUCUUCAACUUCUUUAACCCACCUCAAGUUCCUGAUGAUGACGAAGACAUUGAUGAAGACAUGGCUGAGGAACUUCAGAAUCAGAUGGAACAAGACUACGACAUUGGGUCAACAAUAAGAGACAAGAUUAUUCCCCAUGCUGUCUCUUGGUUUACUGGGGAGGCUAUUCAGGGAGAGGAGUUUGGAGGUCUGGAGGAUGAUGAGGAUGAUGAAGAUAUUGAAGAGGAUGAUGAUGAAGAGGAGGAUGACGAAGAUGAUGAUGAUGAUGACGAAGAGGAGGAAGUAAACAAGACUAAAAAGAAGUCCCAUAAGAAGGGUGGAAAACCACAACUUGGUGAUGGCCAGCAGGGGGAGCGACCUCCAGAGUGCAAGCAGCAGUAGAAAUUUAUUUAUGCAGAGGGUUAUUUAUGGAGUUGAGUGUUAUUGGUGUUCGAGAAUGUCUGAUGUAAAAGUGGGUUUCAUGUGGUUUUAAAUGUUGCUUAAUUCAUUUUCCUCCUGAAAUCUUGAUAGUCUGAAUUUGUUGAGAGUCCCCUUCUCCUAUUUUGCUCGCGUUUGGAGAGAAUGUGGUUAUAUAGUAGGAUGCUGUGAUUUAUUAUUGCUGAAAUUUGUACGUCCGUCUGGUAUACUUGAUGAAAUAUAUAGUUUGUGCUUCAUCACUAGUAAUUCUUUCUGUUGAUAAUUUUUCGAUCAACAUAUUUUUAAAUGUUGAACUUCAAGUAUUUAAACUGAAGUCUAAGAUGUUUGUAGUUUCCACUGUUAAUGCUUAAAGUAGUGACGUAUUUCGCGC